UCGUUCAACCGAUUUCGAGGUGCAUAGAAAUUGGCUCGCAAUAACACACAGUUUGCCCGUGUCCAAAUGGUAUUACGAGGACAAAAGCGAAUGGACAUUAGAUUAUCCGCCAUUCUUCGCUUGGUUUGAGUGGAUUUUGUCUCAAUUUGCGCCGUUCGCGGACAAAGAUAUGCUCGUUGUAGAUAACCUCGGUUAUGCAAGUGAUGCUACAAUUUAUUUCCAGCGUAUAACUGUCAUUAUGAGUGAACUGGUUUUACUCUAUGCGCUUAAAAAGUUCUUGAUGCUUUCUGAAAACAAAGCCAUGAGAUAUGUUAUUGCAUCAUCGAUAUUUCUGAAUCCCGGGAUGAUAAUAAUCUAUGAUUAUCAUAAACCUCAUUUACUCCUUGACAUCUACAAACACAUUCAUUUUCAAUAUAAUGGAUUUCUUUUCGGCAUACUAUUGCUUUCAAUAGCGUAUGCCAAAGAGGGAAAUGAUCUUUUAUGCGGUGUCAUGUUCGCCAUCUUGUUGAAUUUCAAGCAUAUAUUCCUUUAUCUCGCCCCCGCUUAUUUUGUGUAUUUAUUGAGACAUUAUUGUUUUCAAAAGGCUGUAGGGACGGAGAACACCGCGUUUUCUUUCUCUCGAUUUUUUUUCCUUGGAAUUGCCGUUGCUUCGAUUUUUUCUCUUUCAUUUGGACCCUUUAUUUAUAUGGGUCAGCUGAAGCAAGUUCUUUCGCGUCUGUUCCCCUUCAAACGCGGUCUUUGCCACGCUUAUUGGGCACCAAAUUUUUGGGCUUUAUAUUCUUUUGUCGAUCGCGUUUUAAUAAUCGCUGCCAAAAGGUUGGGAUGGGAGUUAAAUGAAGUGGCGAUAUCUUCCUUUACCCGAGGUCUGGUUGGUGACACCAACUAUGCAAUCUUACCACAGGUUCAAGCCAACCAUACGUUCAUGGUCACUUUUGCUUUUCAAGUUGUCAGUAUUUUCUUCUUGGAACUUUGCAGAAUUCAUCAUUCAUUCAUUGUGGUGAUAGAAAUCUAUUGCUCACUACUACAUUAA